AUGUCACGUGAGCGUCAAAGUGAAAUACACGAACGAAAUCGCGGUAUAUACCUUGGAAUCGUCACAAUGUUCUAUUUGAUGGACAUAGCAUCUGGUCUACUGCAAAUUUUGUACAGUUCAUUUCUCCUUUAUACUAAUUACGCCGCUGCUAUAUUUCCUGUUCUUCCCUAUGUAUUGCUAUGUUCUGGGAUUCUUGCAUUUAUUUCGCUUGCAUUUGGUCUACUCUAUCAAUUCACCACAAAUAUGGUCUUCGCCGUGAUUCGCAUUGUGCUCAUCACUCUAUUUAUCGGUAUGGAGCCCAUCCUUGGAACCCAGCUAAUAAGUCCCCUUCGUCAUACAACAAUUGGUGCUGUCAUUAUCAGUCUUGGAAUAUUGAGAUUCGUAACACUAAUCCUUGGGAUAACCCAAUCAUCAUGGUCUUGCUAUAAGACAAACAAUAUUGAUGCUCUUCGUACCGUGGUUGCAAAGAUUAAGGCAACUUAG